UGAAACAGCAGCAGACUGACUUGUCAGUUUGAAGUGAAGUUGUGUGUGAAUUAAAUGGCGAAGAAUACUUUACUUUUCAUAUUUGAGAAAUAAUACUUGACAACAACUAUAAAUAUUGAUAAAAAUUACAUUAAUUAACUACAAAAUGCGUUCCAUUGUUGAAAUAGGGGCCAGUGUCCCUGCCUUUCUUGGAAAGUUAUGGAAAUUGGUUAAUGAUUCUGAAACAAACCAUUUGAUUUCAUGGAGCCCAGGUGGGAAAACCUUUGUAAUAAAAAACCAAGCAGAUUUUGCUCGAGAAUUACUACCCUUAUAUUACAAACACAAUAACAUGGCAAGUUUUAUCAGACAAUUGAAUAUGUAUGGAUUCCACAAAAUCACUUCAGUUGAAAAUGGUGGAUUAAGGUAUGAAAAAGAUGAAAUAGAAUUCUCACAUCCCUGUUUCAUGAAAGGUCAUGCAUAUUUGUUGGAACACAUAAAGAGAAAGAUAGCAAAUCCAAAGACCAUAGUUACAAGUAACGAAAAUGGGGAGAAGAUUUUGAUAAAACCCGAGGUGAUGAAUAAAGUGCUGGCGGACGUGAAGCAGAUGAAGGGCAAGCAGGAGAGCCUGGACGCCAAGUUCAGCGCCAUGAAGCAGGAGAACGAGGCGCUGUGGCGCGAGGUGGCCAUCCUGCGCCAGAAGCACAUCAAGCAGCAGCAGAUAGUCAACAACCUCAUACAAUUCCUGAUGUCCCUUGUGCAACCAACGAGAGCUGGCGGCAGUGGAGCCAACGGCGUGGGCGUGAAGCGGCCGUACCAGCUGAUGAUCAACAGUGCCGCACACAAUGCCACAGGAUCAUAUCCUACAGCUGCUAAAAAUGCUAAGUUUGAUAAGGAAGCUGGUCUAUUGGAAGAACUGAUUGAGGAUAAUAUAGAAGAGGGACCAACCAUUUUUGAGCUAGCUCAUGAUGAUGCCCUUCACAAUGAGGCAUCUCAAGAUUCCAUGGGGCAGGACUAUGUCACUGUGGAUGUGUCCACCACCAGCCCAGAUGUGGCCAUGGGACACAGUCCCAAUGGAACCUCGCUAUCUGCCCAAUACCACGUCACCAUGGAGGAUGGUGAUGACCAGGAAACAGAUGGAGAACAGGCAGCGUACACAAUAAAUCAUAAUGGUCUCCUAACUACAGCGGAGUUGCCGACGACGCCGUCCCCCGGCGUGCCCACCGUCACCACUCCCACCCUGCAGCUCAUCGACCCCACAGUACUGCUGUCCCCAGGCACCUCCAAGAGUAAACACAGAUCUCAGGUCAACAGGUCACCGAGCAGCUUCAACACUAUGAACCCUUCAGCAGAUCUGAAGCUACCGGCAGAGAUAUUCGCCAGCGAUGGCGACGACUCUGUGAGCGACGCCGGUUUAUCAGCCGAGGACCAGAUGCACAACGCGUUGCAGGACCACAUCACCAACUCCUCCCUCUUGACAAAGGACAAAAUGUUUGGCGGUAUCAACAUCAAGGUAGAAAGGCCAGACUCCGUUAAAGGUACCACGUCUAAGGCAAAGAAAAGUAGUAAAAACUGUUUGGCCAACUUGAAAAUAGAGAAUAUAAAAACUGAGCUACAGGAUGAUCAGGACUGGGGCAGCAUGAGCGUGGCCACCGUCAACAACAACACCGACGUCAACAAGUACCACACAGUGAAUAGGAGAGAUAACUUCUGCAAAAAUCUUGAGGAACUAUCUUCCCUUUAUGGAACGAAUGCGAAACAGAGUGAUAUAGAUGACCACCUGGACACGAUGCAGACGGACCUAGAGUCACUCCGGGAGCUGCUGCGAAGCGAUUCCUAUGCCUUCGACACCAACACGUUGAUGGGGCUAUUCGGUGCCGACGACCCCUUCUACGGUCUCUCGUUCAACCCAGUGGACGAACGGACCAAGCCCACCAACAGCGCUAAGAAGCUGAGAGGUGAGGUUUCGAAUGUAAGCUCCGCCGCGGGCGCCCCUGACCUGGCCGCGGCUGAUGAUGAUGGUACUGAGGGAACGAAUCAGCUUAUUACGUAUACGGGGGAAAUUCCAGACUUUGUGGACAUAGAGGCGGGGCUAGAUAGCGAGCAGGUGGCGUGCGCGUCGCCGGCGGCGGUGGAGGGCGCGCCGUCCGUGCUCAACACGCCGCAGCCCACGCCGCGCGCGCGCCGCUGAGCUGCGCCUGCGCAACCAGAGAAACUCUGCGCAUUACCUCUACACCACGCUUAUCUGCAACACGUGUGUUAAUUCAAAAUCGCUUUAAAAUUAUGCGUUUGACAUUCUAUAAGUAAAUAUUUAUUUGGAUUUUUUUGGAGCGAGGCGGUCUUCAUUUUAAUACCUAACUGAAAACGCUGUUAGCACAUGACCUGGCUAUUGUCAUCCAUCACAGAUUAGGAUUAACAGAUUGUAAUGCCAAAUACUUCUAAAACAGUAAAUGAUCUGUAAUUUAUGUUUUGUUGGACACAGAAAAUAUCUGUAAAAAUCUGUUGAAACUGUACGACUAGUCAAUGACGACUGAAAACCAUUAUAAUUUUCUACAGGAAUAAAUUAAAUGUAUACAAAUUGUAUGGACUGUAUUGUAUAUAUUUUUGUAGACAUAGCAGAACUUACCACUCGUGUUUACUAGUUUACUACUUGUGGAAUAAAUAAUAGAAUUAAAAAUAGAACGCUAUAUUUGCGUCGUUAGCACGCAUCCUGCCUUAAUUAUUACUUUGGGUACAAAAAAUACAAAUGCCUUAAGGUAAUUAAAAGUUUAAGUAGGAUAGAUAAUUAUUAUGGAUUUAGUAAUACUGUUAUUAAGCUGCAUUACAUAUGUAAUAUUAGUAACCAGACGUCAUUUUGGUAAGUUCUGUUAGGUAGAUGCGCGAAGCUAUUAUUUUAUCUUUGUGGUUUUCUAAAUAUUGUGCGUGUAAAACAGAAAACCAACUGUAAAUACUUGUGUAAGGUUUACUUUAGUUUGUAUGAUAUUAAUCUCAUAUAAUGUAAACGAGACAUUACAAUUAUUAAUAAGUAUUAUUAUGUGCAUUUGAGAUCAUACGACAAACAUUGCAGUUUGUUUGAAGACACCAUUGA